AUGAAUGGCUUCACUCAGCAGCGAAUAAAUAUUGAUGAACAUUUAAAAUUUCUUCAACGUUUAAGUGAAGGAAAACAACAACGUAGUGGAAUUACAUUUGAAGAAUUUACAGAAUAUUAUACAAGAGCACAUAUCCCUGAUACACGAGAAAUAAGUGAUGAGAUUGAAUUUUCACUUACAUUUUGGUUUGAAAUGCAAGAUAUGUACUUUAUUGUACGGUAUAAACGAAUUGAUGAUUUUGAGCUUUUCAAGAGAAAGGUGAGAGAAUUGGUAAAUGAUCCAACUAGUCCAAUGGCAAGAGCUUUCGUUAUAGUUGAGUUGUAG